AUGUCUAUGUAUGGUCCCGCCCACGUUUUAUCGGGAGUUGGUGUGGAUGUUUUCAGCUUGGGGGAUGAGGUUGCUGGAGAUUAUAAUAGUUCAGAGUUACUUACAUGUUACAUAAGGCAUUAUGCUGUUGCUGUGCCCCCAGCGCCGCUGGGCAAUUAA